CAAAACAGCUGCUGUCACUAUCCGCUUACUGUCAGUUAGUUGUCAGAAAGGGCCAAAAUAAAAUGGUAUCUUGGAGUGGUUUAGGCCGAUCUUUCGGCAUUAAUUUGCUGCGAAAUUUUAAGAAUUCACCAACUCUAGCUCAAAAUGUGACUUUCUCUACCAGCACCGCCUUAAAGGCCGGCCAUGGACACAACGUAAUGGCCAUACAACCUUCCAGAUGGCAAUGGCACAAAUUCAAGGAUAUGCUGCACUACUACGUGAUGGUCGGUCUGAUACCGGUGGGCGCGGUGGUGUUCUACACCAACGUGUUCAUCGGGCCGGCGCAGCUCACACCCAUUCCUGAGGGCUACACUCCGAAACACUGGGAGUACCACAGACACCCCAUUACCAGAUUCAUAGCUCGCUAUGUCCACAACAACCCGCAGCAAGAAUACGAAAAAUUCCUACAUUUCAUUGAUGAGGAGAAACAAAGGAUUAAGCUGCGUGCGUUGGAGAAGGAAGUCACGAAGAAAAUGUCGGAGCGCAAUGAUUACCAGGCAUACUACUACAAACCCAUGGUCAACAAAUACCUCCGUGCUAACAAGAAAACUGGUGACGAGCUGUGGGACCGUCUUGGUGACAACUACAAGGAAUAAAAUUAUUUUGGGAGCUGUGUAGAUAGUCAUAGAGUUAGUAAUCAAGUGUACUGUUUACAAUUUCAACAUGUAGAUUAAUAAACCAUCUUUUUGUUGACUAUGAUUUUGUUGUCUUUGUCAUUAUUGCAAAGUAUCAACCUCUACAUUACAGCUUUCUGGUUUUAGAGAAAUUUGUUCAUAUAUUAGCCUUGUUAUACCUUGUUGAGCAAGGAUUUUAGUUUUUAAAUAAUUUAAUAUUAAAACAAUUUUGUGAAAUAAAAGAAGUGAGUAUGGUAA